AUGUCUCGGUCCAGCCGGCGUGGGCCAUGGUUGCCAGAAGAGGAUGCCACGCUGCUGCAUCUUGUCCGCACGCAAGGUCCGAACAAUUGGGUACGAAUCUCUCAGCACAUGCAACAUCGAUCGCCGAAACAAUGCAGAGAGCGCUAUCACCAGAACCUCAAGCCCUCGCUGAACCAUGAGCCUAUUUCUGCCCAGGAAGGUGAACUCAUCGAGCAACUAGUCCAGGAUAUGGGCAAGCGAUGGGCGGAAAUCGCAAGGAGGCUAGGGAACCGCAGCGACAAUGCGGUAAAGAACUGGUGGAACGGCAGCAUGAACAGGAGGAAGAGAAGUACCGUACCGCCAGGGGUCGCGUCGAAGGCCGUGGGAUAUCGGACGCAACCCAUUCCUGCAGCCCCUCCUCCGUUGUCACUCCACGAGCAUUUGUAUUUGCGCAAGCAAUCGGUACCAGAAAUGUUCUCGGGCCCACCUCAAUCUCACAGGCAGGGGCUCAGUGUAUCGAGCAUCUUCGCAGAGCCUCAUCGAUACAGUGUGCCUCCGCCGGCCGAAACUGAUGGUCUCAAGCCUCGCCAUGAGCACAGGCUCCUGUUUCACCCUCAGCAUGAACAGCACAACACCAGCACAGGUUCUGAUCAGAGCGUCAUCGCACCAGCAAGCACCGUCUCUCAUCUCGGACAAUCAGUCAAACUGUUCUAUUUCUCCUAA